AAAAUUAAUAAUAAUAAGAACAGUAAUUGACCAUAAUAUUUAGUAUUAUUACGACAAUAAAAUAAAAUAAAAAUGAAAUAGGUUCAAAAGGUUAAAGUUAUUGGUAUCAGCUGAUACCAAACACAUAUAUAUGAUAUUAAUAUACUUAAUGGAUUUCAAAACAUCAAUAAAUUAAAUUUUGAAGAUGUUCAAGAUAUAAAUUUUUUUUCUUUUCAAUAUGAAUUUGAAACAAUAUGGUUUGUUGUAAUUUUGGAUACUUCCAAAUUAUCUUUAUAUCAAAUAAAUAAUGGAAGUUUUUAUAACAUUAGUAAUUAUUUUGUACAAAAUGGAACACAAAUAAUUGUAAACAAUUGUACUUAUGGAGCCCUUUUUAUAAUUCAAAAUCAAAAUGGACCAAUACUUAUCUUAAGUUUCACUAAAAUUUUAGACAAAUAUUAUCUGCAACAAAUUCAAGAUUUUGAAUUAAAUAAUACGACGCAUUUAUCGAUAUGGAAUGGAAUUAAUCAAUUACGCUUAGCCAUUGUUUCUCAUUCAAAUAUUUCAAUUUAUACCUGGUUUAAUAAUUACUUUGAUCUAAUGCAGAUUAUUAAUAUUAGUACAAAAAAAAUAAUUCCUUUUCAAAAUAAAGGAUUCAUGUAUUUAGCAGUAACUGGAUCUACUACAUUGAUUUUUAAAUAUUUUUUAAAAUCUAAUAAAUUUUUAAUCAUACAAAGAUUACCACCAAGUCAGGAUGUCUCUUAUUUUCAAUUAAAUAAACAACAUUUCAUGGAAUAUUUUUUAAUUUUAUCAAUGAAAUCUUCUAUUAUUAUUUAUAAGGAAUUACAUAAUCGUUUUGUACCAUUUCAACAAAUUUCUUUUAGCAAGAUUAUUGUACCAAUUAUUUCAAAUAAAGCUAUUAUAAUCUUAACUUUACAUAAAAACACCAUAAUAGCUUAUCAAUAUGAUGGUUGGAAAUUUAUAAAAAUAAAUACAAAAUUAUUUGGAAUUAUUCAAUAUAAUCUAGUAACAUUAUAUGGAAAAGAAUUAUUAUUAAUUAAAAAUAAAAAUAAUAAAUGGACAUUAAAACAACUACUUUGGAUUAAAAAAAAAUCUUACAAAAAUUUACGAAAAGAAAUAAAAAUAUGGAAUAUCAAUGUCAAGAAUAAACUUCAAAAAAUAACAGAAGAAAUUCCAAAUUUUAAGUUAAAUUUUAAAAUUUUGAAGGGUCAUAUUGAUCAACUUCAAGUUCACAAUAUAAAUGAUUAUAACUUACAAAUAUUGAAAAAUGCAUCAAAACUAUACAAUAGAUUGAUCAAUAAAUUUCAAGCACAAAAGAUUAUUAUCAAUAAUAAUUUUGCAAUAAAAGAUAUUAUUAUUCACAAGUUGAUUAAUGGAAUAUCUUUAAAUUAUUUACAAAAAAAUGCUCUGAAAAUAAUUAAUGAUCAAGAAAUCUUUGGAAAGCAUAUUUUUAUUAAUAUGAAGGCAAUAAAUAUUUUUAUGCCAUUAAAUAUUGCUACUUAUUUUACAAAUCAAGAAAUAAGAUUAAAAGAGAUAAAAGUUAAACAAUUAAACUUAAUAACUGGUGGAAUUUUAUUACCAUUAAAUAGUUUAUCCACAACAGUUAUUAAUUUCAUCAAAACACCUCAAUUAAAAAUAAAGAAUAACAUUUCUUUAAAAGGGAAACAAACUGGGAAAGGAUCAAUAAGAUUAGGACCUGUAAUAGAUAUUACUAAAUCCAUGAAUUUGUAUAAUAAUUUCAGUUUAGAAAAUGUUAAAAUUGAGAACUUGAAAUCCAUAGAUUUAAUUACCAAAACAGGAUCAAUCAAAAAUACUUUAUCAAAUGCAAUAACUUUAUAUGAUAAUGUACCAAUAUCUUUAAUUCUUUCAAGUGAAAAAAUGAAAUGGAGCAAUAUUACAUUACAUAGUCCUAAAAAAUGGAUUACUGUGAAUUUUCAAAAUAUUAGUAUUAUAUCAGGAAAGAAGCAUAUUUUUCAUAAUGUACAGAUAACAAAGUUUUCUUAUGACAAUUUAAAAUUUUCAUUGAAUAAGAAUUUAUUCUUAAAGGAUUCAAAAUUAUGUGCUACUUUUAUUUUUGCACCAAAAAUUAGAACUUUAUUUUUAACAGGGAAUAAUAUUACUGUACAAAAAUUAAUCAGUUCGCACAUUUUUGGAAAUAUAGGUCUAUAUUCUACUAAUAAUUCAACAAUUUCUUUCAACCCUGUUUUAUAUGAAAAGAAAUACUGUCAUAAUAUCAUUGCAAAAAAUAUAUUUGCAUUACAGCUGAAUAAUUUAAAUUUAACAGAUUUGAAAAGACUUGUAAAUAUAUGGAUUGAGCCUAAUUUUCUUAAUACUUCAAUAAAUACAAUAAACUUGAUAACAAAUAUUCUUCGACCACCUCUUCAAUUUUAUAUAGAAAUGCCUAAAAUAAUAAAAAAUAUAAUAUUUCAACAAAAUGUUCUUGUAAAUAAUAUUAAUGGAAUAAAUUUCAGCAAUUUCUUGUUGAAUACUAUAAAGUUUAAUGAUAUGGUAUCUAUGCAAAAUAUAACAUUUCGUAAUGGUAUCAGUACAAAUGAUAUAUAUGUUUCUUAUCCUCCAUUCAAUUUGAUAAAUAUAAAAAAGGAUUUUAAUCUUUAUAAAAAAAGAAUUUCUGGAAACAUUAAAGUAAAUGCAAUAAAUUUACCAUAUGUUUUUAAAAUUAUUGAAAACAAAACUCUAGUUGAUAUUUCCAUUAUGGGAUCUAUAAAAUUUUGUUAUGAACCAAUCAUAAAAAAUGUAAACGAUAUCAAAUUAAAAAAAUUAUCUUCAGAAAUUUGGAUGAUAACAAAUACUAUAACAAUACUUCAUGGAAAAAAUAUGCACUUUCAUGAUAUAAUGAUAAAAAAAUAUGUUGCUUUAAAUAAUUUAACAAAUAUAUUAAGUUUCAAAAUGUGGAACAAUAUUUUGAAAUCUAUUUUAAGUAAAACAAAGUUACAGGAAAUAGAAUUUCCUGCAUCUUUUAAUGAUAUCAAAAUUUCUAACAUUGUAAGUUCAAAUAUUUCAACUAUAAUAUCUUCAUUAUCAGAUUUCAAUAAUAUACUUGAAAAUUCUUUGCUAAAAAAUAAAGAUCAAGAAGUGAAGACAAAAUGGAUAUUCAAUAAAUUAAAAAUUUCAGAUACAGGAAACUUACAUAUAAAGCAAACAAUUAAUAAUCUAUAUCUUAAAAGUGAUAUUAUGAGACAUAGUUCCAAAGAAAAUAUUGUAACUGGAAAAAAAAAAGUUUUAGCUUUGAUAGUUGAAAAUUUAAAUGGUUACAAUUUUAAUAAAUGGACAACUAAUGCUUUAAUGCAAACAAAAAAAGAUAUAAUCAUCGAAGGACGAAAAAAAUUUAGUAUCGUUACAUUCAACAAUAUAAAAAUGUCUAGAACUAUAAUGGGCUAUGCUAUAGAAAAAGUAUUAAGAAAAUCUACAAAUCAAAUAAUCUAUAGCCAAAAAACAAUUCAAGGUUUUAUCAGUGCAUCUGAGUUUAUUAUUAAUGGCUUAAUAAAUGAUGUAAAUUUGACUAAACUAGUACAUCAUCAAUUAAAAAAAAAUAAUUCUCUUCAAACAAUAAGAACAGGAAUUGAGUUACAUAAUAACUUAAAUAUUAUUGGAAAUCUUACAAUCAAAGGUGCUUAUGAAAAAUCAGAAAUGAAAAUUUUUGACAGAAAUUACUCAAAUGCCCAAACUAUUAUUAAAAGGAUGAAAAGAUUUAUAAGAACUGCAGAAAUAAUUAAUAUAGCUUUACAAAAUCGAGCAAUUUAUAUAAAUAAAUUGGAGAUUAUAAAUGACACUAUCAAUGUUUUUAAUAAAUCUAUGAUUAUUCACUAUAAUGCAGUACAAUGUAAUUCUAAAAAGUUUUCUUCAUAUUGUAUCAGUAAAUAUGCAAAAGAAUUUAUUUUUCAAACAAAUAUCGGCAAUUUUAUAUUGCUACAAUCAAUAAUGAUAGACGAAAAAGAAUUCAUUGUUCUUGUAAAAUUUAAUUCCAUAUCCAUAUAUUCAUUUAUUAACGUAGGAAAUAAUUUUGUUCAUUUAAUAGAUUUAUAUUUUCCCAAUAUAAUGGAUGCGUUUGUGGAACAAAAGUGGCAUGGAUUUGGAUUAUGGAUUAUCUUGCGAUUGACUUCACAGACUCUAGUAUUACUUUAUCAACCAUGGGGGAAUAUACAACAAUAUAUUUUGCCUGUUACGGACGUAUUUUCAAUAAAUAAAUCUCCGAAUGAUCAACUUUUGUUACUAUUAUCAAAUGGUAUAUGGGAUCUUGAAGGAUUAGCUAGUCCUCGUAAUAUCAUUGAGAUUCCCCUCAAAGGAAGAAUAGAAACUGUUGUUGAUAGAUUCAAUUAUUAUGUAAAGUGUAUUUCAAAAAAUGAAACAACUUUGAUGAAAGCUCGAUAUGUAUGAAAUUAAAGAUUGUUAAAUUAAUUCAUUAUAACUUUGUAAACACAGUGGAAAAAUUUUAAUGAAAACUUAUUGUUAAUUAUUAAAUGUUUCAAUGAUGAUUUUGAUAUUUAAUAUAUCUAUAGUAAAUGAUGUAUAAUUAUCGUUAUGUGAUAUAAAGAAGUUAUAUGAUAAGUUAUUUCAUUAAUUCUUGAUAUUUUAAUAAUAAUUUGGAAGUUUAAUAUUUA